AUGCUUCGAAGAUGGUACUGCCACCGCUUCGUGAGCACAGCUCGCUUGUAUACCAGCUCGCUCUGCGCUCAGCGUAAAUGUUUCAGCACCAGCACGCAUUGCCGCUUUCAUGCCACUGCCGUUGAUGAAGCGGAGGUAGCGCCUCUGCGGAAGCAGCUGAAAGAUGCUGCUCGCGCCAGCAGACAUCAACAAGUGUCCGACACGAACGGGAAAGAUCAGCUGCGCCGAGAGCGACUCAAGGACUGGGAGUUGACUGUUGGCAUUGAGAUUCAUGCGCAGCUCAACACAUCCAGCAAGCUAUUUUCACGUGCGAGCGCAGACUGGACCGAUGUUCCCAAUGCAGCAUUAUGGCCAUUUGAUAUGGCUGUGCCAGGCAGCCAACCAUUAUUCCAACCACCUGUGCUUAUCCCGGCUCUGCGCGCUGCUAUUGCUCUCGAUUGUGAUAUUCGGCCGCGUAGCAAGUUCGAUCGCAAACACUACUUCUACCACGAUCAGCCAGCAGGCUACCAGAUUACGCAGUAUUACGAGCCCUUUGCGGUAAAUGGCCGUGUCACAUUGACACAACAAGACGGUCUGGCUCCAGAAGAAGGCACACUACAUAUUGGCAUAAAGCAGGUUCAGCUCGAGCAGGAUACUGCAAGGACGCAGCAGCACGACGAGGAAACAAGUUUGAUUGAUUUUAAUAGGUCAGGCCAUGCUCUUGUAGAGAUCAUAUCACUCCCCCAGCUUCACUCUCCACAAGCUGCGGCGGCGUAUGUGCGCAAGGUGCAGUCCAUUUUGUAUGCUGUCGACGCCGCAACUACAGGAAUGGAGCUUGGUGGACUGCGAGCUGACGUCAACGUCUCUGUCCGCAGGUUCGAUGGCGCCACAGGUAACCACUCUUACAGUGGAGUGACAGGUCUAGGACAACGGACAGAGAUCAAGAACUUGAGCUCGUUUAAGAGUGUUGAAGACGCAGUUUGCGCUGAAAGAGAUCGCCAGAUUGACAUUCUCGAAGCUGGUGGUAAGAUUGAGGGAGAAACUCGAGGCUGGUCGCUCUCAAAUCCAGGAGCUACUCGACGCCUCCGCGGUAAAGAAGGUGAGGUCGAUUACAGAUAUAUGCCCGAUCCCGACAUAUUGCCUUUGCAUAUCGACAAUGACCUCGUCGCUCAUUUUCGGUCCACUCUACCACCCGUGCCAGAUCAACUGCUGGAUAUGCUGCGCUUGUCUUAUGGUUUGACUGCAGAUGACGCUGGUGCUCUGCUGAACUUAGACAACGGGACACGACUGCUGUACUAUCAGGAUGUUGUCUCUCGCUUGACUCCCUCCUCCAACAACAACAAGACAGCCUUUGGCGUGCACGUCGGGAACUGGAUCCUACACGAGUUAGGCGCUCUUCUGACUACGACAGAAACAGAAUGGCAUCCGGAUCUGAUCCAUGCUCAGCAAAUGUCUGAUCUCAUCUCUCUACAGCUAAAGGGUCAGCUCACUGGUCCGUCAGCCAAAAAAUUGCUACGUAUCCUCUUCGCAGGAGAGAAGGAACCGGUCUCAGUUAUAGCUGAACGUGAGAACCUGCUAUUUCAAUCGAUGAACGAUCAAGAAUAUGUCGAGCUUGCAAAUCGCGUCAUUCAAGACCAUCCAAAAGAAGUUGAAAUCGUCCAAAAAAACAGCAAGCAGGCUCAAGGCAAACUAAAAUUCCUGCUAGGACAGAUGAUGCGACAUGGCGACAGGAACCGUAUGGAAGCGCAACGAGCUGAAAAGACUUUGAGAUCGAUUUUGAUGCCGUAA